AUGCCUGAGCCUACAAUCAGAUACUGCUUGACUUCGCUGGGGUUCCACUACCCUUCGACACUCUACAAGACCGUCAAGCGUGAUAUAUCUGCCUUUCUUAGAGCCUCUGUCGACCUCCCAUGUGCAUCAGACGAACUGCUCCGUCACACGGCGGACAGAUAUCUGACCCACACGCAAAGUCACCAGACUUCUGCGUCCUGGAAUUCAACCAUCACCAAGCUACUUCACUGGGCGACCGAGGAAAAGCGGACUGAAAAGCAAGACCUCAUCUGCGACGUCAUGAAGCUGAUGCAGAGGAAUGCUCUCGAGACUAUGCACAAGAAAGAAUGUACCGGUUGCAGGUUCCAUCCACAGCCCAACACAUCGGCCUCUUCCACGACCACGGGCGCAGCCACGACCUCAGUUCGCCAGAGCCCCCUCUCAAACAUGUCAGCCCCGUUGCCGUGGCCGCAGAGCGUUGUAGAACGCGACAGCAUCGCGUCUGGCUUGCCAUUACCAGAAGAACGUCUGUCCUCCCACGAAUCAACCAGGUCCCCGCAUUCUCCAUCACGUCGUUCGGACAGUAUCUCGUCUGUGCUCCCAUGGACUGACGAUCCCUAUGACCCGGACUACACGGACGCCAGACCACCUCGAAAACGGAAGCGCGUCCCUGCCACGUCACACGUGCGUAGCAGUCUACCUCAACCUCCUGCCGGUAAGAGAGAAGCGGCAGCACCUGACGUGCAAGGCACCAUCCUGGUAGCGCCGAGCCCUCGAGCAACCGCCACCCCAGGUCUUGAUCAGCAACCACGACGACCCUCUGAAGUCGAAGAUCCUCAGCCACAGGCCUCUAAAGCCGAGGAUACCCAGCAAGAGCAACAAACCUCCGUCCAAGCCAAUGAUCCUGAGGAACCACAACAAACCCCCGUUCAAGCCAAGGUCCGUCAAGCAUCGAUUAGCCCCGACGUAUUGGCUUCGGCGUCGGCGCCGGCGUCGACGUCUGCAUCUUCCUCACCAAGCUCCCUCGAGCUUCGAGGCAGAAGAUGGGUAUUCGAGACGGCGGCCGAGAAAAUCAAAGGACUCGAGGCCGCCCGAGCUCGACAGCACGCGCUGUUGGAGUCGUUUGUACAGGAAAGGGGCGACGACAAUCAAGUCAAAUCUCUGGCAACCAUGCUUUCCCACCAUUCCAAGACUCUGGACACGUGGUUGACAGAGACGGCGGGCCGUGGCUGGGAGGCCGAAACACUCGUGUCGGUGCUCACCCGUCAGUUGGACAUAGGAGAGUGGCUGUUGAGUGAGAUAUGUGGGGAUGACAAGGCCUUGCUCCGCAAGCGCAUCUGGGAGCUCGACUCGCUGACGGAAAAGUGCUUUGUCGAGAACGGAGGCGAUCCUGUUCGGUGA